CGACUCCCCCACCCCCUUCCGCGAAGUUUUAACUUUUAAAGUUGUGUCUACUUGUGUAAAACGUUAAACGGCCGAGCACCCCUCGCUGCUGAUGGUGACUGGUCCCUUGCCUUCCCGUCCCGGAGACGGCCAAACUUGAAGCAACGAAGCAUCAAACCAACGAAUUCGCACGCCGGAACGAGGAAUGGAUGCCAACAUGCAGAAAUCGGUGACCUAGCCAUUGAAGUCCGUUACAGGCUUCACGGCAAUCAUUCAUGAGUAGUGCACUUGAAAGACGGGGUGGUGAAGGUAUUUAACUGAGUACUGCGGUGCGAGACCUCUCUCCUCUUCGCCUAAACUCAAUUCUCCACCCCCACCCCACUGCCCCUGUUCGCACACGCGAACUCUCAACUCGCCGCCGCUCAUCACCAUCUCGACCGAACACUAUCGGCCACCCUCCAAACCACCCCCAUCUCUAUCCACCUUAUUACGAGUUCAACACGAUGGCAGCCACUACUACCAUCACCUCCGCUCAGGUGGAACCCAUCACCUCCGAGAACAUCAUCCGGCUCUUUCCCGAAAUCGACACCGCCCUCGCCACCACCUCGCGCGAGAGCUCUGAGCUCGAUGGCUACAACGAGGAGCAGGUUCGUCUGAUGGACGAGGUCUGCAUCGUCCUCGACAAUGACGACAAGCCUAUCGGCAGUGCCUCCAAGAAGAUCUGCCAUCUGAUGAAGAACAUUGACCGUGGUCUCCUGCACCGCGCCUUCUCCGUUUUCCUGUUCGAUUCCGAGAAGCGUCUCCUCCUCCAGCAGCGUGCCGAUGAGAAGAUCACCUUCCCUUCCAUGUGGACCAACACCUGCUGCUCGCACCCCUUAGGAAUUCCCGGAGAGACCGGUGCCGAGCUCGAGGCUGCCAUCAUGGGUGUCAAGCGGGCUGCCCAGCGCAAGCUCAACCAGGAGCUCGGUAUUCCGACUACCCAGGUCCCUCCGGAGAUCUUCCACUUCCUGACCAGGAUCCACUACAAGGCACCUAGCGAUGGUAUGUGGGGUGAACACGAGAUUGACUACAUCCUGUUCGCUCAGAAAAAUGUUGACCUCGACAUCAACCCCAACGAGGUCAAGGCGUACAAGUACGUCACGGCGGAGGAGCUCAAGGCCAUGUUCAAGAAUGAGGGCCUCACGUUCACGCCAUGGUUCAAGCUCAUCUGCGAGACCAUGCUCUUCGAGUGGUGGGCCAACUUCGACAACCUCGAGGCGUACAAGAACGAGCAGGAUAUUCGCCGCAUGUAGAUAUUGUCUGGUUUGUCUGUCGUGAUUGUGGUCUUGGCGGGCGGGCGCGAAUGAUGAUACCAUUGGUGUUUCCGACUUUGUUUGAAUUGCUUGAAAAAUAAAAUUUGGGUUUUCAUGUUUGUUCCCCACAGUUCGUACAUAACGCACCCUGUC